GCGGGAGGGAGAGGGAGAGACAGACAGGGAGAGAGGAGCAGAGGGAGGGAGGGAGGGAGGGAAGAGGGAGGGAGAGCAACGUGCCUUUCACAGAGCUGGGAGCUUGAUGGGAAUGUUUGAUUAGCUCCUCUCUGAAAGAGAAAAGGUGUCCAGGCCUCCCUCUGCUGCCUGCCUCUCCUUCUGUAGAAUAAUGUUGGCUGGAGUUUGGGGUACAGAAAAACUUGGAAAAAAUAGCACUUUCAUACUGUGUGGAGGAAAGGAAUAAAAAGUUGCACACCUCAAGCAAGUGCUCCUUAGUGACACAUCCAGAUUUUGCUUUACUCGCCAUGAAGGCCACAGUCAUUGCAACCUUCUUUGGCGUGUCUCUCAUAUGUACAUAUGCAGCUAAGGAAGCCACAAAGAAGAUGAAAAAGGCUAAGCUAUAUUUUGCACUCACAGAUGUACCCCAGAUCGAUUGUGAUGUCAAGGCGGGGAAGAUAAUCAAUCCAGAAUUCAUUGCAAAAUGCCCUCCUGGAUGUCAAGAUGUAAAAUACCGUGUUUAUGGCACAGACAUCUAUGCUUCCUUUUCCAGUGUGUGCAGUGCUGCAAUUCACAGUGGUAUAAUUGACAACACAGGUGGGAAGAUCCUCGUCCAGAAAGUCGCCGGCCACUCCGGUUACCGCGGGAGCUUCUCCAACGGGGUCCGGUCCCUGUCACUGCCACGCUGGAGGGAGUCCUUCCUCGUGUCAGAGGGCAAGCCAAGAAAAGGUGUGACAUAUCCAUCAACUCUUGAAUAUUCUUCUUCAAAAAGCACAGCUGUUAAAUCAGAGCCUAAAAAGCUAGAGCAAGACCUAAAAGCUACAAAGAGUGCAGAUACCGCUAACCCAUCAGAAAAAGCAUCGGAACAAGGGGACGCAGUCCACAAAGAGUAUCAGACAUCUCCAGUGCUGACACCAGCUACACAAACGGCCACCACAACCCCAACACCAACAACCACGACAACAGAUCCUUCCACCACAAUGCCAAAGCCAACCACAACACCUGCGACAAUCAGAACCACAACAGUUGCAGCUGCAGCCAAGACUAGACCUGGACUGCAUAGGGUCAGAGAUAUAGGUUCUAGCAGUGUCCACCCAGCAUACUCAUCUGUGGUAGCUGCAGCAUCAAGACAGGUUCAGGCUGCACAAGGAAGAGGACAGAAUACAGCAUUCAGGGGCACUUCCACCUCUGCAAGUAACAGGAAUAUUUUACGAGCCAAUACAGGUAUUCAGCGCCAAGAGCCUGUUGCCACCUUCCAGAGGGCUGCCAGCUCUACAGCCCACCUGGCAAUGGAAACAGACUCGUGGAAACCUGGAUUGAGUCUUUUUGACACAGGCUUCAGUUCAAAGGAAGAAUUGAAUCCAAAGCCGCUGGAGUCCACCUCCCAGAGGAACCCAAAUUGCAAGGUUGAUUUGUCCUUCUUGAUGGAUGGGAGCUGGAGCAUCGGUAAACGCCGCUUUCAGCUCCAGAAGCACUUCCUUGGUAACGUGGCUCAAGCCCUUGACAUCGGCAGCACUGGUCCUCUGAUGGGCAUCGUUCAGUACGGCGAUGACCCUUCCACAGAAUUUAACUUAAAAACUUAUGCCAACUCCAAGGACCUGAGAAACGCCAUUGAGAAAAUCCCACAGAAAGGUGGACUUUCCAACGUUGGGAAGGCACUUUCCUUUGUUAACAAAAACUUCUUUUCGGAUGCAAAUGGAAACCGAGGUGGAGCACCCAAUGUAGUUGUAGUGAUUGUGGACGGUUGGCCAACCGACCCAGUGGAGGAGGCCUCCAGGCUGGCCAGAGAAUCAGGGAUCAACAUUUUCUUUGUCACUAUUGAAGCAGCUGCUGAAAGUGAGAAGCAGAACAUCAUCGAACCAAACUUUGUGGACAAGGCAGUGUGCAGGACAAAUGGUUUCUAUUCCAUCAACGUGCCCAGCUGGUUCAGCCUACACAAGGUGGUCCAGCCUUUGGUGAAGCGGGUCUGCGACACCGAUCGGCUGGUUUGCAGCAAGACCUGCCUCAAUUCAGCUGACAUCGGUUUUGUAAUCGAUGGCUCCAGCAGCGUUGGCACCAGCAACUUCCGCACAGUCCUCCAGUUUGUAGCCAACAUCAGCAAGGAGUUUGAGAUCUCUGACACUGACACCCGCAUCGGAGCCGUUCAGUACACCUAUGAGCAAAGGCUCGAGUUCAGCUUUGACAAGUACAGCACGAAGCAGGACGUGCUGAGUGCUAUUAAAAGGAUCAGUUACUGGAGUGGCGGGACCAGCACAGGAGCAGCCAUCCGCUAUGCGUCAGAACAGCUGUUCAGCAAAUCCAAACCCAACAAAAGAAAGAUCAUGAUUCUCAUUACAGAUGGCAGGUCUUAUGAUGAUGUCAGAGUGCCGGCCAUGGCAGCUCACCGAAACGGAGUUAUAGCUUACUCCGUUGGAGUUGCUUGGGCAGCCCAAGAUGAACUGGAAGCCAUCGCAACAGACCCUGAUAAGGAGCAUUCCUUCUUCGUGGAUGAAUUUGACAACCUCUACUGCUUUGUUAAUCAGCUUAUCCAAAAUAUUUGCACAGAAUUUAAUUCCCAGCCACGAAAUUGAUGGACUUGAGAAAGGCAGGACCCUUGGGCACCAUGCUGAAGGCACACCAAGUGCCACAGGAGUAAUGCCAGCCCUCAGUUCAAGAAAUACUGGAGGUGUUUUUCUCUGGCACUUUCCAGUCAGCAAGGCUGAUUGCAGCUCUGUCCCGAUGCAUGAUAAAAGCUCUGUGUAGAUGGUUUUUUUUUGUUUUUUCCUUGCAGGCUUCAGAAACUCUGAUCUAGAUGGGUAGCAAAAGAGGCAGUAAACAUGGAGGAAAUAACUGGAGCUGUUUGAAAAGCUGCUUCCAGUAUAGCGCCCUGGCUUGUCUGAUUCCCACCUUUGGGCACACACAAGCUCCUUAAAAUGUACCACCUGCUUCCCGAAGUGGCCAGGUCCCUUCGGGGAGCGGCCAUGCUGUUCAGCUGCUGUGGCAGAAGCACCUCCAUGUGGCAUUGCCCACCAGAUGACACCCAGGUCAGGGCUGAAAUACCAGACACUUUUUUUUGGGGGGGACACAACUCAAAUUUGAGUACCUUCUUAAAAGCAGGCACUCUCUCCAUAAAGCUGUCUUGCCAGCAAGUUAAGCUAUUGUAAACUCAAGCAUUGAGAUUUAUCCAAACCCAGAGACUGGAAAGCAAGUCAGAGGAAAGAGUCAAGCUGUGGGACCCUACAACUGUUUGUCAAGCCCAAUAAAGCCCCAAAUCCACAAAGCAGCCAACACGCAUGAACUGGAAUCUCGUCUCCUACAGCACAGCAUUAAUAUUUGAUUUUGAGAAGUGUCUUGUCCCCUUAGCUCUCUUGCUCCGCUCUUGUGAGGCUCAAGGCCUGCAGGACCACAGGAGAGCUGCCAGGAGGAAGAGACUCUUUGAGAAAAGCUGUGGGUUUAAGUUGCUUGCAAUCAGAAAAGCAUUUGAGACCCAUCACUCUAUCGUUAAACCACAGCUCAGAAUAGCUUACAGCAGUCUCUAGUGUGAGGAGAGCUAUUCAAGAGCCAUUAACAGGAUUUAAGAGGGAAUUAUCUGAAGUUCUGUAUUACACACCAGCAAAAGCAGCAUUUCCAGCAUUCACAGAUACACUCUCCCAAAUUUGGGAUUGAUUUCUGUUUUAUGGAUUGAUUUCAAAAUGAACCAACUACAGCCCCAGAUUAUUCAAAACACACAGUUGUUUCUUAAGUGAAGAACUAGCCAUAUCACUAGUCAGUAGGGGAGUAGUGACACAUUAAUUGGGAAUACUACUGAAGUAGCUAAAAAAUUACCAAUUAAGUAAGCAUAAUGCAAACUAACGAGAACAGCAGAUUCUGCAUGAUCUACCUGGUGUGGUAACGUAAGCCAGGCUGGGGUCCUCUCAAGAGACUAUUGAAACCAAUCCCGGAUGAAACAGUUUUACACAGAGAAGGUUCAGAUUUUCCUCUCAGAACAAACAUGCAGUUCCAGCUUUAACAUCAUCAAUAUAAUAAUCAAU